CUUUGUGAGAUUUUAAAAAUGAAAUAUAAGCAUGGAUGUAACCAGUUUUUCGAUAAAAAUGGAAAGGUGUAUACAUAUAUAAACUAGGUGGACGCUCGGCGACGGGAGAUCAGCGUUGCAGCCUAUCACGCGAGGAUUAGGGACUAUAAGUGGUUAUAAAUUCUUGUCUAAACGCAAAAACAAGCACUCCAGCCCAGAGUAUUUAAUGUACAUGUACCUGUAUCGAUAGAGCUACGUGCAUCCAGCUUUCGUGGAGUAUACGUACACUAUAUAUAUAUACUUAGCGCACACGGGAUUAUUCGAAAAUCGGGGGAAAAUGUUUUAUGUCUUGAUGCAGGAAUUUCAUUUCGUGAAAUAAGAAAAAGAAAUUUAAUUUGUGCAAAAAAUGAGGACAUUAUUUCCUUCUUUUGACUAAUAGAAAUCAUGGAAUAAUUUGCAGAGCUGGAAUUAUAAUUAAGAAGGAGGACACAUGAUAGAUAAACUUGGUUAACAGAAAGCCUUUAUUUCGGACCAAAGUUGUUUCGUGGGCCAUUUCAUUGAUGAAGACACGUUUAAAUCGAGGAACAAUAGCUACGAACGUAAGCGAAUCGAGGAUAAAGGACAAUUGUUCGCAAUGCAUUGUGUAAUGGACGCGAGGGGAGGUGUAAUCAUUUCUGGAGUUUUGUUUGAUAUCGAACUUCUAUAAAAUAUCGAUAAUUGUGCUACACCUCUGUCACUGACUUCUUUCUUACACAAAAGAAGGAUAAUACAAAAGAGACAACGAAACUCUUCAUACCUGGGGAGGAAGGAAUAAGCAUCAGUACUGAACAAUAAUUACUGGCUCGAACGAGACCACGGAUUUUGUGGCAAAGACUUUGCUGUUAUUUUUUUUCCUACAGUGAAUUAUUGAUAUGUAGCUAGCAAAGGACGAGGAACCUGCCAACAAUCCCAUGUAUAGCAGUGGAGCGUUGAAUUGCCAAUCAAUUUAUAUGAUCCGUUCUUUAUCAACAUUUUUGCAUCAGUAACUUAACGAACCGUUUUUGCCUUUGACUUGGGAGAAAUCCUUGAGUUUUCAUUUUCGUUUGAUUUGUGUUAAUUACAGUAUAUUGCUUUAUACUUCACGAUGCCGACGGACGCUUUUCUGGAGCGUUUGAACGUUGAUACCCUUCUAGAAGCUCCGCCGAUGAACAAUGCUUGUAUUCCGGAUAUAUACAGUAAAAUCGACGCUGAUACUAUAGAAAAAACUCGUGUGGUUAACGCCGUCUUGGAAUUUCGACUUCAGGUACAAGAGAAAUUAAUAUCAAAAUACAGACUUCAGGCAGAGAAAACAUGCCGAAAGGAGAAGGAGAAAAUUUACAAAGAAUUGCGGAGAAUUCAUAGGAAACUACCGUAUAUGGGAGAAAAUCCACACCAAGACACAAGAGAAAAAGUUCGAGAAUUUCGAAUGGCCCAGAAUCACAUCCGAACACCUUUGGGAUAUACCACGGUGCCGAAGGAGAUUCCGGGUCUUACUGAAGAAAAAGACAAUCGACCUUUCUGUCAGCGAUAUCAUUCGCACCACCUACCGACAAAGUCCAAGUGGUUCCAGGAUAUACUUAAUAAAAGUAAACCACGAUACCCAACUAUUGCAACGGAAUCAGAAAUCUUUUCUCAGAGUCGCUCAAAAGACAAAUCUAGGAGUUUUCUUAUAUCUAGAGGACUAAGCGCCAGUGAGAACUGUCUUGUGGCGGGGAGUACCCCCAUUUUUCGAGAGGAUCGCUUAGGACACUUAAAAGAUAACGAUGACGCAAUGACAAUUUGAGUAAGAGUCAAAAUUAGGAAUGUUCAUUUGUUUGCAUACCUAAGAUUGGAUUUGUGCAAUGAAGGUUUCGAGUGUAUGUAAUGCAAACAUUUCAUCCUUCGCGUUUAAACAUUUGUUCUCCUGGAGUUUUCUUUAUGAUAAAGAAUAUCCUAUGCUUGUUCAAAUAUUAAUAUUUUACGACCAAGAGUACCAAAAUAUAUUUCUUGAGACGUUUUUA